AACCUAAUUUUCCACAAAUUACAACUUUAUUGUUUUGUUUGUUUCUCAUAAUACUACAACUUUUUCUUUACUUUAUGCUACUAAAAUGACAGUUUUAGUAGCUGUUAAAACACACGAAUACGUUUGUAAAAUACCGAUGAAAACGUUUAAAUUGGAUUCAAAUUUGAAAUGGUUCGCCAGCCCCUCGUUUGUUGACUUUAAACACUUAGCAUGUUGUGUAAUAUUUCCCCAACGCUUUCUAUCGAGAACAUGCUGGUAUGGUCUCUCCACGAGGGCGGAAGACGCCUCAGGAAUCCCUCUCUCUUCACCAUAUUAGGUCAAUGACGUCACGUCACGUGGUGGAUUCCGCGAGAGAUUCCAGGCAACCAUUAUUUCCCGUAAGUGGGGAGGGGGCGUGGCGAAACUAUCUUGCCGCUUUAAGACUUUACAACGACACGAUCGUUCCCAGACUUUGGCUCGUAGAUGCGUGACUAAGCGCGAUGUGUUGCAUGAGAGACAUUUUUAAACAUUGAAGGACGACCGGGGAGAAAAAAAAAGCCGCCAUUUCCUUCCCGACCACCCCUUGGAUUCGUAGCCGUUUGGACUCGACCGACUUCGUCUGUACCUCCGGCUUCGCUGUCACUUUGAACCGCCACACAAACUGAAAGUUACUUUUUUGCUAGCUAGCUAGCAACGAGGAGUAUAUAAUCCACGUCCGGGACCGCUUUUAUUUUAUUUAUUUUUUAAAUUUGAAUUAAUAUCAACAAAGAGGAUGUACAGGAACUUAGGGGGCCACGGAAGAGGCGACCCAGCCUACCCGGGAGGCGCUUCUGGGUCUAAUUCUGCUUCCCUGGAAAGCACGACUAGCACCAACACUACACAGCCGGAACAGAAAUACACCAUGGCGGGCAGCAGCCACUUCAUACCAAGCCUCAACGCCAUCACCACCAACCAGGACCUCCAGUGGUUGGUCCAGCCCUCCCUAAUGCAUCCGCCCGGUCCCUCGCCAUCUCCGGCGCCACCCUACCCGUCGCCGUCCCUCUCCGGGGCGCGCCCGCCACACUCCCAUUUCAUCAGGCCGGGGGUCAUAAGGGCAAGCGCCAACACGGCAACCGUUUCCACGCGACGCAGGAUGGACGAACACUUGUCUCAAGAGGAGCUGGAGAGGCGAAGGCUAAGACGAGAGCGGAAUAAGCUGGCUGCAGCAAAAUGUCGCAAUCGGCGUCGGGAGCUGACGGAUUCGCUGCAAAACGUAAGCCUGGCUUUUCGGGAUCACCGCAAACACAGUCCAACUUCCAAUUAGUCGGUAGAAAGCUCCUCACUGACUGGCCUGCCAACAUGUACACAUUUAGAGUAGUCAACAUCCAAUGUAACGCAUGGAUACGGGAAUGCUCUCAUGGUUGGAGAAAUAUUUUAAAUCAGGCGGUCCUACAUGGAGACACGACAGAAACCGAUCUGG